CGUUGACGUCCACUGCUGGCGCAUCCCCAAAGAGCCAACGUAAAGAAGGAAGUCCACCAUCUUGAAGAUCAGUGCAGGUGCUGCAGAUGAAGACCUUCCUGGACAGAGCCGUGACUGCCGCUAAGAGCGUCAAAGAGAGGGUGGAGCGGGAGUUUGAUGACGCUAUCAAAGAUGGUGCAGAGAAACCGUCGGGGAGCCGCUCAGCAGCCCUCGCCAAACAACACACACACCAGCAGCAGUCGCCCUCGCCUCUACGCCAGGCCCCUGCACAGCUCGAGUCGGCCAAGGAGGUCGGCAAGCACCUCUGGAAGGGCGUCGGGACCUUCCUGAGCUCACAGUUCAACGAGCCUGGUGCUGACAUGGGCGACGGACCUGACGCCUUUAUUGGUGACCCGGGCGAGAUGAGCGGCUUCAUGCAUCUCGGCAGACAGGAGGCGCCGAAACCCCCGCCACCCAAGCCGCCACCGACCGACGAGGGCCCCCCCGCUCAGGCGAGCAUGGCUAUGCCAUCGAUGCCGCCCCAUCCGCUGAUGCCCCGCCCACCGGCCGCUUCUCAUCAGUCAAAUGGCGUGCCCAAGCUGCCCCGCCCACCUGCCAUGAGCCAAGGCCACGCGGCUCACGGGACCCACAGCGCGGAGAGGCCGACGGACGGCCAGACAGGCAAAAACGUUAGUCCUGUGCGGGCGGAGUUGAUCAAGCCGUCUGCCUCUGCGGUCACAAAGCCUGCUCCUGCGCCUCCUGCUGCUGCUGCUGCUGCUGGGUCGGCCAAGGUUUCGUCACUCAUCGACAUCGAUCUGGACGAAACACCACAAACCAAGGUACGAGAGGAAGGGCCAACGACGUGAACACGCCAUGGACUGUGAUUGUGUGGUUGUCUGCUCUUCUGCACUGCAGGUUGGUGACAGUCGUCCACCAGUCAAGAGUUCUCUCGGCGCCCUUCUUGAAGAGCCCUCCCCGUCGGCCUUUGGUGCAGUGGGCGGGUGGGACACUGAAGACCUCUUUGCGCCAAAGGACCCGACACCCACAGCAGCGCAGCCGCCCCAGCCACCACCACCACCACCAGUGACGUCUUCCCCUAGCUCGUCGUCGUCUCCCGUGACGCUCCGCACGGCUGUGUCGCAUCCACUGGGCGGGCCCUCCCUCGACGUGCCGCAAUCCGAUGAUGUCGCGAAGCAAGAUGAGAAGAUCGACGAUGUCCCUGUGACGGAGGUGCCGACGGCGAGUGGUCCACAGGAAGGAGACAAAGUCGCUGAGGAUGCGCCGCUGCUGGAUCUGUACGCCACCGAGGAGGAGCCAAAAGUCGUGGAAGAGGCGGGCGCUGGCGACUCCCCCACGCUUGCUGCGGAUGACGAUGAGGGAGGUCUGGUUGGUGCUGGUCGAGAGGCCAUGCUGAUGGCUGCAGAGGACACGCCGCCCCAAGUACCCUUUCUCAGCGACCAAGGGCCCGAGGACGAUCAACACGACGAGCCGACAGCCGAGUUACCAGCCUCCCCGCCGUCCGACGACAUCGCACAAGACACACAAGCCCUGAUCAAAGCAUCCGACGAGCCCACCGAGGCCUCACCACCCCCCUGGUCUCCUCCUCCCACCCAAGCACCCGAACCCCAAGCCCCGAUGGAAGCCACUGCUGUGAGUCAGGGGGACGGCAGAGAAGAGGGAGAGGGGCAUGAGGCUGUUGAGGAGGACAAGCUCGAGGGGCAGGAGCUGGCUGAGCUCCGUGAGUGUCUGCGAGCGCGUGAUGAUCGCAUCCAGCGACUGGAAUCUGAGCUGCGGCAGACGGAGGAGACCCUGAGGGAGAGGGAGAAACAGCUGGAGAAGAAGGUGAGUGGAUGUGUGGGCUGACUGGCUGCGGCAGCAUCGAUGCAGCAAUGUUUGUGUGUUUGUGUGGUCAGGCGGUUCAGUUGUCAGAGGUGCUGGAUGGUGCAUCGCAGACCGACAGCUACAUUAGAAGGGUCCAAGAACUUGAGGACCAGGUGAGCAGCACACAGGCCAAAGACGCCCUCCCCAAUGCCCGGCCAUCCUCCUCUGUCACUCCCUUGUGCAGGUGUCGUCACUUGAGGCGACCAAGGCGACCCAUCUGAGCGACAUGGAGAAACUCACUAGCGAAAACGACGCACUCAAGGUCAGAACACGCCACAACAAAUGCACACACGCACACACGCAGAACAAACCAAAGUGCCGUGUGAAUCGGUUCAAUCAGGCCGAGUUGGCGUCUGCAUCUGAGAACCACGAGGGUGCGCUGCAGGAGGGCCACCGCAUGUCCAAGGAGCUGGGCGAGACACAAGCCAGAUACAGGAAGGCCAAGAAAGACCUGGAUGUAAGCGACAUGGUUGGAUGGAUGGAUGACACGGCCGAUGUGCGUGUGUAUGCAGCAAACACCGUCAUGUGCACUGUGUAUUGCGUAUAUAUUGCUUUGCUUCAGGCGGCCGAUAGGCGAGCCGAGCAGCUGACGGGUCAGGUGUCGGGGCUGCAGAAGAGGGUCGACACACUGCAGCAGGAAGCCGCAGAUAAGACCGCACUCGAGACAAAGGUCAGCCACUUGCAAAGGCAGCCACAUCCUGUUUGGAUGGAUAUAUGCAGCCGAAGAGGCAGACGCAGACUUACGUGUGCGCGAAUGUGUGCUUUUGCAGUUGGCUGAGUUGGAGUCCGAUGCGCAGAAGUCCCAGGGCCAGCUCGAAGCCGCCAAACGAGACGCCGCGGACGCCAAGCAGAAACUCACCGACCUCACCAAGAGAUACAAGUACACAAGAUGAUAGGAAGCGAGCAAAAGGUAUGUGGAGUCAUCAUUUGCCGUCCUUGUGCCCCACCAGGGAGGCGAGUGCGGCCACACAGGGCUUCAACCAGACGAAGGACGCGCUGGAGACGCUUCAGCGUGAGAAGGUGGAGCUGCUCGAGGUCAAUCAGGAGCUGCAGGAACGUAUACAGGUAUGGGCGCACACACCACACCCAUGGCAGCACCCAUUGCUGCGUUUGCAGGAUGUCCACGCGCAAAUGAGUACCCUGGAGCGGAGUCACGAGGAGACCGUCAAGAACCUCAGAGCCGAGGCGGCUCACUACGCAGCCCACCUGGAGGUGGCACAGGUCUGCAUGCUCACACCACAGCCAAUACAGCACGAGAGCGGACGGUUUGCAUGUGGUGUGUUUUCUGGUUGGUCAGGCCGAUUUCGCCAAGGCGACAGCGCCCUUCGUCGCACGGGUCACCGAGGUUGAGGAACGGCUCAAAAACGAACGGUAGGUACAUCGACAGCAAAGCUAUGGCAAUGUGAUGGUGAUGUCGUCAACCACUGUUUGCUGCUGCUGUCCAUUCGCUGUGUGCAGUGAGCGUCUGCACAGUCAGCUGAGCAGCCGUGACGUGGAGCUGCAGGAGGUCAAGCAGAAGCUCAGCGAGGCCUCACUCAGGCUGCAGCAGACAGACGCAGCCCUCACACAACUCAAGAUGGACGCCAAGGACAAGGACGACGAGCGGCGUGAGGCUCAGAGGGACGCCAGAAGUGCACGCGCUGAGCUGGAGAGCACGAAAGAGGAGAUGGCAAGACUGCAGACGGAGGUCGGGCACACAGCCAGAGAGAGAGGAAGGCUUGGAUACGGACUGCAACUCAUGCAUUGUGUCUUGUUUUGUGUCGUUUCGGUGCGCUGUUCAGAUGUCGCAGCUGCGGCGGUCGGUUGACACCAAGCAGGGUGAGGUUGAUGCAGCCAAGGAAGCCCACCAACAGGAGGCCAAGAAGCUCAGAAAACAGCUGGACGAUGCCGCAGCAACUCUCAAGGUACAACAGGACACACCACACAUAUAGCGCUAUCCAUUCACCUGUUGGCCAACAUGCAGAUGGAAUCGGAGCGGAGUGAGGCGCUGAGCAAGCAGCUGGCCCACCUGCGGUCGACUUUGUCGCAGCCGCCCACCCCCACCUCCCCCCAGCCCUCGCCAUUCGACUCACCGCCAGGCGGACGGCCCGAAAGGGGCAUGACCAGUGACUCGCUGGGCGACCUGGGCUCACCCAGGUCGUCCGGUCCUCUGGCAUCACUCGGCACAGGGCCGCUACCCCACCCAACGGAGCUGUUCAACGGUCAGUUGGAGCACCACGUGUCGUUAGCUCCCAGCCGGCCAGCAUUUGUGUGUGUGUCUUGGUUGUGUGUAUGUCUGCAGGCACAGAGGAGUCCCGGCAGCUGCUUCGUUUGCGUGCCGAUUUGCGGCUGGCGCAGGAGCAGAAGGAAGAGUUCGAGAAGGCCUGUGUGAGGCUGGCACACGAAACUGACCAACUCAAGUAGGCACAACUGACACAAAAGCAUCCAUGAAGCGGCAACAGUUGAUGUGUUUGUGUGUGUGUGUGUGUGUGUGUCUGCCGCAGGCACAAGUUGAGCGAUUACGAGGAGCUAAAGGGCGAGCUCAGCGGACUGCAACAAAAGUGAGCUGGCCAUGACAAAUCACACACACACACAUGGCCUCCUUUCUGUCGCAUUCGUGUCAGGUUCGAGGGCGCCCUUCAGUGCAUCGGGGAGCUGACAGAGAGCCUGGACGAGCAGCGUGAUGUUGUGGAGAUGUAUCGCAAGCAAGUCAAUCAGUAUUUUGCAACCAAGGAUGGGGCGGGCACAGGAGACCCAGCGACCGCCAAGUGAGAUACAGAUGGAUGGAUGGAUGGAUGGACGGAUGGGGCGCCGAGACGGCCAGCCAGCCAGGCCAGUGAGGGCGUCUGAGACGUAGCAAUUAAUUCAUGAGAAAGGGCAUGUGCAUGUCAUUGGGACGUUGGCCUGUGUGUGUAGUGUCGCUUUGUUUGUCCAGCCAGCAGCUUUGGUCGGUGUGCUGUCUGACCGAGGAAUAAGUAGGUGCGUGUGUAGGCGACUCUAUCUGUGAUGGACCGCUUCUGCGACGUGCGCAUAUCCUCACUCACUCCACACGCGCAUUCGUGAGAACAGGAUUUGCGCACACACUCACGCAGACAUCUGUCUGUCUGUCUACAAACAUGUCACGG